GGGGCGCAUUUACGCAUUUGGAGGAGCCGAGCGAGGCAACUUGCGGGACUCCCUUGUUGCUGUCGAACAUGGGCCGCCGACGUUGUUGCUUCCACUUGGGAAGCCGAGCGACGACGUUAGCCUAAAAAAAAAAAAAAAAAAAAAAAAUUAAAAAAAAAAAAAACAAGAGAAAGAAACCAAAGAAAAGAAGAACAAGAAGAAAGACGGGCAAAGUUUUAAACAAAGAGGAUAACACCGCGCGUGCGUGGGGAGAAACAAUCCGGAUUUGUCGCACAUCCGAGCGCACAAGGAGCGAAAAGUGGAACUCGCAAAGCUCUUCCAGGGACUUUGGGAAGUUUGAUGCAGGCUGAGGGUCAGCCAAGACAAGUUGACGAAAGUGGGACAACACCCUGGACUGGUCAACAACGUCCACCAAUCACCUGCAGGACGGGGAAUCCAUUCCACGGCUUAUGCAUGAAAGGCUAUCUGAAGUACUACACCAAUGGUCCUGAUACAAAUGACCAUCCACCCAUACAUCCAUCUAUCCAUAAAUUAUUUUACACGAAGUAUCCUGUUCAGUGUGAGUUUAGCCUGUCGACGAAAGGUGGAUUAUACCCUGGACUGGUUCCCAGUCAAAGGUCGUUGGCAUAAGGGGAGCAGUCGGCCGUCUCUGAGCUCCGAUGCCAGUGGACAUGCAGCCACACCAGGGGCUGUAUCACUAUGACACCUCGCCCUCCAGAGGCUUACUGCCACCGGACCAGUCUCCGUACAGCGAUGUCCCCUCGCUGCGAGCCCCGCUCCUCAACGGCCCUCCUCAGGACUGCAGAGCCAUGUACAAUCCCGUGACUCCCGGUAUGGGUCACGGAUCGGGACCGGCCCAGAGCAUCGGCCACUGCUUGGAUCAAUACAUGAGGCCUCCCCAGGCCCCGCUACCCCUCGGCAUGAUGGGCCACCGGAGUAUGGCGCCCACGGAAGGCAACAGCGCCCCCUACUGUACACAGAACAACAUGAUGUCCUCCCAUCACAACUUCUGCCAGUCGGCCUCGGAUCAGAUUGGCUCAGGUGACGGCUCGAGGUUUUCCACGCCGCGCUCCAUCCUGAAGCUGAGUAAAAAGCGAGCGUUGUCCAUCUCACCGCUCUCCGACCCCAGCGUGGACCUGCAGACGGUCAUCCGAACGUCGCCCAACUCCCUGGUGGCCUUCGUCAACGCUCGCUGCACGCCCAACGGGGCCGGCUCGUACGGCCAUCUGUCCGUCAGCGCCAUGAGUCCAUCAAUGGGCUAUUCUGGCAACAUGCACUGCCAAUCCAGACCUCAGGGCUCCAUGUACGCAGGAGUAGGCGGGGGAACACCUCACGCAUCGGGCCCGUGCCAGGCUUCCCGACUCCCCGCCCACAACCCUCGUCUCCACGCGCCGCCCAAACACGGACAACUAAAGACCGAGCCCGGGUUGGGAGUGGUGAUGGAUGGCAUGAAUGUGAAGAGCCUGGAGGAGAGGUCUGAGGGAGAUGUGGCCAGCCCUUCGUCCACCGGUACUCAGGACCCCCUCUUAGGUCUCCUGGACGGCCGAGACGACUUGGACAAGGAGGACGGCAAGCCCGAACCGGAGGCCGUCUACGAAACCAACUGCCACUGGGAGAGCUGUAACAAGGAGUUUGACACGCAGGACCAACUCGUUCACCACAUCAACAAUGAGCACAUCCACGGCGAGAAGAAGGAGUUUGUGUGCCACUGGCAGGAGUGUUCUCGCGAGCAGCGGCCAUUCAAGGCCCAGUACAUGCUGGUGGUCCACAUGCGCAGGCACACUGGGGAGAAGCCGCACAAGUGCACUUUUGAAGGCUGCAACAAAGCAUACUCCCGUCUGGAAAACCUGAAGACGCACCUGCGCUCUCACACUGGGGAGAAACCCUACGUGUGUGAACACGAGGGCUGCAACAAGGCCUUCUCAAACGCCUCCGAUCGGGCUAAACACCAGAACAGAACCCACUCCAAUGAGAAACCCUACGUUUGCAAGAUUCCCGGCUGUACCAAACGGUACACGGACCCGAGCUCGUUACGUAAACACGUGAAGACGGUGCACGGCCCCGAAGCCCACAUCACCAAGAAGCACCGAGGCGACACGGGCCCUAGGCAGCCCGGCUCAGCCAUAACCCCCGGAGGUCCGGGCGCCGAAUUGCUGCUGGAAAAGGAGGAGAAACGCCGGGAGGACUGCAAACUGAUGGCUCCUGAUACCACUCUGAAAUCUCAGCCAAGCCCUGGCGGCCAGUCGUCCUGCAGCAGCGAACGCUCCCCGCUGGGCAGCACCAACAACAACGACAGCGGUGUGGAGAUGAACCUGAACGCGGCGGGCAGCCUGGAAGACCUCACGGCCCUGGAGGACGGCGGAACGGCCGGGGGAGGCGGAGGGGAACCGGGAAGCACGGGAGCGACGAUGGGAAUGUCGGCGCAGGCUCUCAAGAGGCUGGAGAACCUCAAGAUUGACAAGCUGAAGCAAAUCCGCCGACCGACGCCCCCUAGCCGUUGCCUCCCCAACAAGCUACCCGUGCUUCCUUGUUCGGGUGAUACAAUGGGAAUGUGCACCCCAUCUCCACUCUCAAAUCGGCGUGUCAUGGAGCUAUCCAACCAUGAGCUCGGAGGCGGGACUUCCAUCGGUGCCAAUGCCAACGACCGGAGAGGAAGCGGGACGAGCAGCCUGAGCUCCGCCUACACCGUCAGCCGCCGCUCCUCCAUGGCGUCACCCUACUUGUCCAGCCGCCGCUCCAGUGACGUCUCUCAGAUGGGGGCAGCAGCUGGGGGUGGGUGCCACCUUCUGGGCCAAGAUCAGAGCGGUGGGGAUCCCCUCUCCCCCAAGACCAGUCGUAGGGAAGUUCCCUGUACAGGAAGUGGCGGGCUGCCAGCUCUUUCGAACCUGACUCCGGCGCAGCAGUACAGUCUAAAAGCUAAGUAUGCCGCCGCCACUGGUGGCCCACCACCUACUCCCUUACCCGGGAUGGAUCAGCCAGCCACUCCCGGCAGAAGAGGAGGUGUUUUGGGCGAUUACCAGGGUCAACCGCUGCCUCCUUUCCUUCAGCAAGGUGGUACCAACACAGAGUACGGCACAGGUGUGAUCUACCCUCACCAGGCUCCUGGCAACACCAAUAGGAGAGCUAGCGAUCCGGUAAGAUCAGCAGCAGCAAACCCCCUAGCCCUCCCGAAACGGUUCAACAGCCUCAAUAAUGUGUCUAUGAUGGGCCGGAGAAAUGCCCUGCAACACCAAGACCACCGCAGCACCAGCAUCACUCGCCACAUGUAUUCCCCUCGGCCCCCUAGCAUUACAGAGAAUGUCAUGAUGGAGUCCAUGGGUAUGGAGCCCCAGCUACCCCCUUUGGAUGUCAGAGACCGUUCCAUGAUGAUCCCACCUGGCGAACGGGGCUUUAUGGGGUACCAGCAGCAGCAGACGCUUGGAGGAGGUGGCGGACCACUUUCAAAUCAAGUAUCUCCAAGCCAUGACCCCCUGGGCUGCCCAGACCAAAGUUACUUGAAAGGGAAUUACCAGAACCAAGGAGGGGAAGUUACUCCCAGGGUUGGUGGAAAUCCAAUGGGUCAACCAAGGCCUGCUCACCGAGAGGGUAUGUCUCGUACACUUCUUCAACAGGCCGAGUUCAGUAUGAGCAACUGUCAGCUCAGCCCGUCAGGCCACCAUUACCCGACCUUGGGACAGGGGGGCGAGGCCGGAACUGGUCAAUGGCGUGACGGUCACAACCAGAUCCAAAGUUCUCUCCAGGACCAACGCAGCUUGCAAUAUUCAGACGCAACUAUGCAGCCUCAACAGACACAAGUCCACUUCAACAAUCAGAGGGCUCUUUACAACAAUCCAGAGGGAGUACAUAAACUCACCAUUAAGCCUGAGCAGCAGUUCCACCCCGGCAUGGGAAGUGCUAAUGCCUGUCAAAGUGCUAAGCUUCAGCAGCAGCAGCAGCUACUCCUCCAGCAGGUUCAGGGUUAUACCCCACAGACAGGGAGUCGAGCUAUGAUGAGGAACUCAAACAGCAUGAGCUGUGACUUUCAAGGACAGACCCAGAACUCCUUCCCCAAUGGUGGGAGCUUGAGUUUGGGUUGCGCUGGUACCUCUCUUUCUGAGGGCCAGAGGCCCGAAACCCCCAUGAUACAGGUAAAGGAGAUGAUGGUGAGGAAUUAUGUGCAGUCCCAACAAGCGCUCAUGUGGGAGCAAUCACAAGAACAGCAGCAGAGCCCAAUAAAACCACCUCCACUUUCAGACAACAUGGAUCUGGCUGGCCAGGCCUCGAUGAUGCAACAUAGCCCUCAGCACCAAAACCAUAACAUGUACUCAAACCAUUCAUACGCUUCCUACCCCAACCACAACCUUGUCAUAAGCCCUCCGACACACAGCCGAGGUUCCAGCUCGGCCGCACCUAAAGAGCAGCAGAUGAUGGGGCUCCAAGGCGCUUGCUACGGCCAGGAGAUGGUGGUCCCAAGGCCUCCUCCUCAAGGACGGAAACCUUUGAGUCGCCAGAACAGCUUGUCACAAGUCGGAGGAGGCUACAUGGGAAGUCCACAACAGCUCAGCCCUGCCCACUCCACUGCCAGCCCGAGAAGAGCCGUCCGGUUGCCUCCGGUCCAGCACCCGCAGCAACCACAGCAUGAAAUAUUCUCCCCUUCCAAUAAUAAUGUUUACUACUCGGGUGAUAUCCAUAUGGACAUGGUGAAACACAUGGAUACCCAGAAUGGGCAUCGUCUCCCACAGCAACACAGCAUGGGAGCCAACCUAGAGCCAACAGCUGGUACAAAAUCCGCUCCCAUGGCUCCCUAUACUGAUUCCGGCCCCAUCCCCAACGCCUUAGAAAACCUGGACCUGGACAACGCUCGCAUAGACUUCACUUCGAUCAUUGACGACGCCGAGCCCUCUUCCUUUAGUCCGCUUAACCAUCCUAAUCAGGGUGAGCCGGGGUCUUCCUCGCAGACAUCGUCACGUCUCACCACCCCGCAGACCUCUGUCACCCUGUCCAACAUGGCGGUGGGUGACAUGACGUCCAUGCUCACCUCGCUGGCUGGGGAGAAUAAGUACCUAAACACUUUGUCGUAGAAGACGACACCAGGACAACAAUCAAAGAACCUUGUUUUUAUGUUGCCCAAUAGAAACAUCUCACCAGCACAUACUAGUCCAGUUCGGGGAAAAAUGCUUUUUUUUUUUCAGUUUUGUUUCAUGGAUUAUUCAUCAAGGACAAAAGGCCUUAAUUCUUCUAAUUAUGUUUCUCAUAAAGGAAGGACAUGGGACUGACAAAGAUUAUUUUACCAACUGGAUCCCUUUGCUACACAGACAAUAAUACGGACUUGAACGACAAUCCACGCUAUCAAAACUUUCAAACCAAAGGUGCCUAUUUGCUCCCUUGCCGCCUUUCUAUGGAAGUAUGUCCGAGCAGUCUUGAGUUUGAAUUUCUCAGUUAAAAUUGGAAUUUCUCUGGGUUGCAAUUUAAAUUUUUGACAUUGAAUUUGAAUAUAGAUUUAUUAUUAUUUUUUUUUUCAAUUUAGCAUAAAAGAAUUCGACAUCUCAACAUCGCUGCUGAAUUUUUGGAGGUGUAGAAUUUUUUUUACAAUUAAAAAAACGUAUACAAAAAAAAAAAUUUGCGUCUCAAUUUAAUUUCAAAUUCAGAAAUUCUAAUUCAAAAUCAGAUGGCACAUAUAUUCUUCAAUUCCUUUCUCCUUUUCAGUGUUGGAAACAGAGCUGUUUGCAUUCCCCCCCCCCCCCCCCCCCCCAAAAAAAAAUGGGGCAUUCCAGUGGCAACCAGAAGGAUGCGAUGUACAUAACUUAUACAUACAUUUAUGCUGUAAUAUGUUGUGUAUAUGGUAAUAAGACGGCGGGCAAAUCUUUUGUCUCGUGAUGACGUUUUUUUGUUUUUCAGCGUUCAUGUGGUUGUUAAUAUGAUGAAGUUGUUUUAGUGGUCAGGGGGAUAACAAAUGUGUACUAUUAACCUUAGUAGUCUGUACAAGUGGCCCAGCAGUAUUUCCACACAGUGUAUUGUACGCGCAUAGCCUAUCACACAGACACUCAGGUUGCUGUUUUAAAAUUACUUGGAAUUGCCUUUCCUAAAACAUAGUUUGCACUCCACUCGUUUACUGUUUAGCUUUCCAAGAGCAGCUGUAUUGCAUCAACCGUAUUGCGUGUGUGCAACUAUUCCCUCUGCAGUUGGUUUUGUAUCAGGGGACAGGGAUUUGACAACAUUUCAAUUGAUUGUCAUGCCCCAAAAUAUUUUGAAUUGGAAGGGAGAAAUGCUCCGUGAAUGAGGUCGGCAUACAUGUGGAGUUGAGUCAUAUUUCGUCUUCGGACGGCAAUUGACAGCCGGUUGCAGGCAAGUUGUGCACUCCAUUCUUGCCUCAUUUGCUUUCGUUAAUCAACAAUGAAUGAACAGUCAAUCAGUUGAUACAUAUGAACUCAAGGAGGCUCAGGAUGAAGGCCAUUUUAAGGAAAGCAUAUCUCUUGAUACAUGCCAACCGUUUCAUGAGAAAACAAAUACUGUAUGGUAAAUGACAUCACGGGCAGCACGCUGGCCAAGUGGUUAGCACACCUGCCUCACACUUCUGAGGUUCGGGGUUCGAAUCCGUCUCCAUGUACCGGUACUCCCUGUGCUCGCGUCGGUUUUCUCCAGCUACUCUGGCUUCUUCCCACAUUCCAAAAACAUGUAUUUUAGGUUAAUUGAAGAUUCUAAAUUGUCUAAAGAUAUGAAUGGGAAUGGUUUGUUUGUCUUUUUGUUCCUUGCGAUUGGCCGGGUGGACCAGUCAAGGGUGGACCACGCUUGCCUCGCCAAAAGUCAGCUGGGAUAGGCUCCAGUUUACCAGUGGUAAAGAAAAUGGAUGGCUGGAUGAACACUACAAUUGUAAUGAAAGCACGGUGCAUUGAGGUACGCCUCUGCCAGUAGGGAAAUGAAUCACUCACACUUUGGCUUUGCACUGACCGCAGACUGUUUGCAUUACCGUCACUGCAAUAACAUAAAAUGCUAUCACUUUUUAAGUCAUGCAACAAGGCAGCUGGACUUUGAAGGCCACGUAUGAACGCUUUGCAGAAAAUAAGAGAACUACCAAAGACACACCUGAAAGAACGCAUCACUUAAAACACUAACCAAUAAUAAAGCAUGGACCCAUAGUGUUGUUUAUUAGAAUGUACAAGACGUUUUGUAUAAUUUUAUUAUUAUUAUUUUUUUUUUUUAAUGAAUGAAUUUUAUGGAUGCUGCCUUCGACGUGUGCAUGUGUGUUUUGUUUUCAUCUUUUCUUUGGGACUUUUUUGCUGGCAAAAGAAUAUCACCUUUAGCAAACGUAAAAGCUAUCAGAGUACGUAGCAAUAACUCUAUAAUAGAUACAAAGCCAAGUUUUAUAUUUUCUGUACAAUUUUUCUGCACUUUUUUUUUUAUUGUUUUUUUUUUUGUUUUGUUUUUUUUUAUACAAAUGUUCUAUAUUUUACCGGUAUGAAUAAAGAUGUUCAGUUUGCAAUGAA